UUCAGCGCUUCUCCUCGAUAGAUGAUUCUAGUCCACCUUCCAACACAGUAGGUGGCGGUCAUUCAUUUUAACGCUGGUUGCCACCCGACGUAAAACCAACGAAGAAGAAGAAGAAGAAGCCAUGCAGCAGAAGUCAACAGUACAGGCACUACUAGCGUGAGCUCAGCUCUCUGGAUGUAUGAAACUAGCAGGGAGACGAUGUUGUAGUUGUUGCGUGGAUGAAUAUUUGAGUUCUAGUUAAGCAACAAUGUCUUCAGUUGAGUGUUUGAGAGAGUUUGUCAACGAGCGACUAAAUGCUGCUGCUGAAGAAAUAUUCGGAGUUUUCCAAGAAGCUGUCGUCGAGUACGAGGCAGAGAUCCAUCGUCAGCGCAGACUGCUGGAUGUCGUUUGGAAACCCGAAAUAAAGUUACACAGGAUAGAGCUCCCACAGCAACAUGUCUGUAAGGAGGAGGAGGUCCUCUCUGACCAGCAGCUCUGUAUUCAGGAGAGGAACUCCAGUCUGGACCAAGAGGACCCAGAGCCUCCACAGAUUAAAGAGGAGCAGGAGGAACUCUGCACCAGUCAGGAGGGAGAGCAGCUUGUACUGAAGCAGGAGACUGAUACCUUUAUGUUGACUCCUACUGAUGAGGAAAGUGACCACCAGCUCCUCUCUCACAACUCUCAUGUAGCUGAGAGCCAAGAUCAGAAAGGAGGCAAGCAUGGAGACUCAGGCUCAAGAAAUGCAGAGACAAAUCAACAGAAUCUACAUCACAAAAGCACAAGUCACAGUAACAAUGUAGUCAACCCUAACCUGUCAGAGAUGCACUGUGAUACUCACACAGGUAAACAGCCUUUCAAAUGUGACACAUGUGGAAAAGGCUUUAAGAUUAAAUCAUUACUAGAGAAACAUCUGAGAAUCCACACAGGUGAGAAGCCGUUUGCAUGCAAAAUAUGUGAGAAAGCUUUUAGACUUAAUGAUCACUUGAAACAGCACAUGAGAAUCCACACAGGUGAGAAGCCAUAUUCUUGCAAAAUAUGUGAGAAAAAAUUUAUUGAGAAAUCGUCAUUGAACUGUCAUAUAAGAACCCACACAGGUGAGAAGCCGUUUGCAUGCAAAACAUGUGGGAAGGGAUUUAUUAGGAAAUCAGCAUUGAACUAUCAUAUAAGAAUCCACACAGGUGAGAAGCCAUAUUCUUGCAAAACAUGUGGGAAGGGAUUUGUUAAGAAAUCAGCAUUGAACUGUCAUAUGAGAAUCCACACAGGUGAGAAGCCAUAUUCUUGCAAAACAUGUGGGAGAGCUUUCAGAAAAAAUGGUCACUUGAAAGGCCACAUGAGAACCCACACAAGAGAGAAGCCAUAUUCCUGCAACACGUGUGGGAAAAGUUUCACUCAGAAAUCAGCAUUGACGUCUCAUCAUACAAGAAUCCACACAGAGCUCCCACAGCAACAUGUCUGUAAGGAUCAGGAGGUCCUCUCUGACCAGCAGCGUUUCUGGUCGCCAUCCAUGGAGAAGGCAGUCAGGGAGUAUGUGGCGGCCUGUCCAGAUUUUUGUGAGCUUCUGGGAGCUAAGGUCCGCUUUACGUCUGGAUACCAACCACAAUCCAACGGACAGUCUGAGAGGCUGAAUCAGGAGUUAGAGACUUCUCCCAUCUCCCAGAACCCCACAACCUGGAGCAAGCACUUAGUCUGGGUUGAAUUAGGAGUUGGAGGCCAGUGUUCCCUCAGCCCAAGCCAUGGUUCUUCGUUGUCGUCAGAUGUGGAGUCGGGCAAGACAAGCUCUCCUCCACAGCUCAGCCACCUACAAGAGGAUGGCUGA